UGAUGACAACUAUUUUUUAAAUUUCUUUAUUCCCUUCUCUGCCUGUGUAUUAUCAACUUCUUUUUAUAUUAUUGUAACAUUUUAUUUUAUUGAAAAUGGAUCUCAAGUACCUUUUAUGUGAACCUGUAUCAAGGCUUUCAGUCAAAGCAAAUGAUGCCUUCAAAAAAUCUCAACAAAAACAAUAUCAACCAAUUGGUUUGGAAUGGCCCUCUGAAUCAGUUUAUCCUUCUGUAUCUUCAAGUCAACAGGAAUGGCAUCAUAAUCAACCCACCAUGAUUAUUAGUAGCCCUAAGAGUGUCUGUAGCAGUAUCAGCACAUGCAGUAGCGCAAGUUCAAACAGCGUCAGUAGCCAUGAAGAAAUAAAUGCCAUUUCUCGUGGACCUGGCAGAAGUCAAAGUCUUGGCUCAUUAAGCAGCUAUGCUCAAGAGCACUCUCCACAGAAGUAUCAAGCCAGACGUCGAACUGCAAGUGACGUAAGCCUGACAAGACAUCAUAUGUUUAUCUACAGUCAUCCCAACCGUAGACCAAGAUCAGAAUCUGCAGGAAACAACAGUUCUAGUCACAAUAAUAGUAACGUGCAGACCAGAACACCUUGGACGCCAAUUGAAGAUCAUUUACUUCAACAAGGGUAUGAUCAGGGCUUAUCUUGGGCUAUGAUUUCUUCUACAUAUCUCCCUCAUCGUUCAAGAGGCUGUUGUUGGGGCCGCUUUAAGACCUUACAAAACAAAAACAUGAUCGAUCCAAAUCAUUCACAUAUGCGCCAUUUUAGAAGACCCUGGAAAGCCAUCGACUUUACCAACACUAACAAAAAACUGGGAUUGUAAUGUUUUUUCUCUCUUUUUUUAUGCAUAUGCUCAACACUCUUUCACGACAUACUCCUUUAUUUUAUGUAUUCAUCUUAUGGAUAUAGUAUUAUGGCUUAUUAUUUUUAUGCUUUUAUGAUGAACUUAUGCCCUUAUGUCUCCUUCUUCUUUCUUCCUUGUUUAUUUUUUCAAAAUUACUAUUAUUAUUCAAAAAAGAGCUUCGGACUACUGUGUUGAUCUUCCCCUCCCCCUAUUUCAAAAAAAAAAAAAAACUCUUAUGGUCGAUGCGGUCUCUCAUUCUCUAUAUAUACUUUAACCCUUAAUUUAUACCUCCUCUCUCUUUCUAUUUUUAUGUUAUUUAUACAUACUUAAUUUUCUUUUCAGCCAGGUAGCUGUCAUUUUACAAUUGAAGAAGUAACCUUUUCUCUUGUUCAUACCCAAUUUUGAAUUAAUAAACAUUUUAGCAUCUUUCUCUUUCUCUUUCUCUUUCUCUUUCUCUUUCUCUUAUUUUCA